UCUAAAUCUUGAAGGACCAGCUGGAGGAUAUCAUCAAAUAUGAAGGGGAACACAUUUCCGUUCAAUUUUGUUUUCCUUUUUCACCUACUCUUAGCUUUGAAUCAGUGAAGAUAAAGCCUGCCCUCUCGAUUAAACAAGUUCUCUCUACUUCGCCCUUUCUCUCCGUCUCUCUCUCUCUUAAUUUGCUUACAGAGUAGACUCCGAAGAGUACCGUAGGAAACAAGUUGUAAAUUUCGUCUGCAGAGACAUUGACGAUCAUGUUAAUGGAAAUUUCGUCUGCAGAGACAUUGACGAUCAUGUUAAUGGGCCUCUUUAUGUUUUAAGCUUGAAAUUAACCAGAGUGAGAGAGAGAGUUAGAGAGAGAAAGAGGGGAAAGAUGGUGGGCUCAGACAGGUGCAAAGAAGCAGUUGGGAUGAUGGCCCUCCACGAGGCUCUAAGGAAUGUUUGUAUGAGUUCAGACUGGACCUAUUCGGUCUUUUGGACCAUUAGACCUCGCCCGAGGUCGCGUGGUGGCAACGGCUGCAAAGUCGGAGACGAUAAUGGAAGCCUGAUGCUAAUGUGGGAAGAUGGGUUCUGUCGAGCCAGAGGGUUCAAUGGAGGAGGAGGGGCUGAGUGUGUUGAAGAGUGUUUGGAUGGAGAUGAUCCAGUUAGGAAGGCCUUCAGCAAAAUGUCCAUUCAAUUGUAUAACUAUGGAGAAGGAUUGAUGGGCAAAGUUGCAUCUGAUAAAUGCCAUAAGUGGGUCUUCAAGGAGCCUUCUGAAUGUGAACCUAACAUUUCCAACUACUGGCAAAGCUCCUUUGAUGCUCUCCCACCAGAAUGGACUGAUCAGUUUGCCUCUGGUAUUCAGACCAUUGCUGUCAUUCAAGCUGGACAUGGGCUUCUUCAGUUGGGUUCCUGUAAAAUCAUCCCUGAAGAUCUCCAUUUUGUGCUGAGAAUGAGACACACCUUUGAAUCUUUAGGUUACCAGUCUGGUUUUUAUCUCUCUCAACUCUUCUCAGCAAACAGGAACAACGGUGCCUCUUCAUCGUCAAACCCCACGAAGCAAAUGGUUCGCCCCCCUGUUUUCAAUUGGGGGCAAAGGCCACCCUCCUCUGCAAAUCCGUCACCACCUCCACCCCCCCCCCCUGCAACCAACUUCAACAUUUCCCCUGUUUUCCUUUUACCUCAUCAACAGUGCCCAACCUCUGAUGAGCUUGAAUCCGAUAUCAAGUGGCCUAAUGGUCUCUCUUUCUUCACUGCUCUCACUGGUGGCUCUGACGAUACCAAGCUCCUGUUUGGACCAGAAGGCAUGGUUGGGGACCAACACACAACGGCAACUGCUCCUCCUCCUUUGGAAGGCUGUGGAGUGGGUGAGUAUCUAAGCUUGGAGGGUCAGCAAGCUAGGAGUGGAGAUGCUAGGCUCAGAAAGGCAGAUAAGUUUAAGAGGAGCUUGACUCUGCCUGCAAGAGUGGCUUCCUCCUCCUCCUCUGUGGAGCACCACCAUGGCUCCCAUGUGGAACCGGGGAUUUACUCAGAUAUCAUGGAGACUUCUUGGAUUGAUUGAGUUGGAGAGUUGUCAGAGGUGAGAGUUAGGAGGCUGUACAGAUAGAGGGAGAGAGAUUUUGUUUCUGUUCUCAGUCUUUUUUUCUUAGUGGGAGAUGGUUUUGUAGUUUGCCCCUGGUCGAGUGAAAUCUAACCUUUCGGCUUUUGGGUUUGUUUCUUGC